AUGCCUCAGACAGGAUUUCAGGCUCUCAUCCUGUGCGGCCCAGGCAUUGGACUCAACACCUUCACCAGCGUCCCCGCGGAAUUUCCCAAGGCGCUCGUGGCAGUCGCAAAUCGGCCGAUGGUCUGGUAUGUGCUGGACUGGUGCUACCGCAUGGGCGUGACAGAUAUCACCCUCGUCACGCCGCCAACAUCGAAAGACACGAUCGCCGCUGCUCUGGCUCAAAAUCCAUACCUCACGAGCCUGCCCUCGCCGUCCGCAGAUCUCUUAGCCCCUGCAUCACUAGAAUACACGACUCCCACGGCGGAGCUACUCAGACUGCCAGAGGUGCAGGAGGUGAUCAAGUCAGACUUUUUGCUACUCCCCUGCGACCUGGUCUGCGGUAUUCCAGGCGACCAGUUCCUAGAAACGUACUUCACCCGGUUGGGUGGGCCUGGCGGCAUUGGUGCAAGCUCCGGUCUGGAAUACGAUAUGUCACGAACCGAGUUAUUGUCACUCGGUGGCGAAAGGCGAGGCCGUCGUGGUGGCCUAUCGAUAUGGUAUAACACUGUGGACCGCGAGGAAAGCGUCAAGGGCGAAGAAUGCGACUUCAUGUGUACGACGAAACUCGAUUCCGAGCACAACCUCCCUCUAGCAAAGACUGCCUCUCUACAAUGGCAGGGCGUACUCCGCAAGCUGGUCUGGGCGAUGCCGAUGUCCGAACUAUGGGACCAAGUCGAGGAAGACAAGUCAUUCAAGAUCCGACAAUCUCUGCUGCGCAAGCACGGCGCCAUCAAGUGCAUGACCAGGUACCGCGACUCGCACAUCUACUUCUUCCCCUACUGGAUCAAGGACUUUGCCAAAUUCAACGAAGACUUUGAAUCCGUCAGCGAAGACCUGGUGGGGACGUGGGCGAAGCUGGAAUGGCGCAAACCAAGCUACCGCGAGAGAUUUGGCGCGCGAAAGAUAUUCUCUGCGCAGACGCGGCUGGAGAAUGGGAAUGUGCACGCGCACGAGCGGCCGAUCGAAGAAGAAAUCGACCUCCUAUCGCUGAGCAGCACCCACGUCACAAAGCACCCGGCACCAGAGUCUCUCUCGGCACCACGCACCGCCCGCCUCGCGUCCCGCGUCCACGUCGACGAAGAAGAUCGCACCCUCUCCCCCCAAGACGACAACACCCAAGCGGCCCUCAUCGAAGACUCAGGCCCUGUUCCACUGGUGCCUCCCGUCCUCUCAUACAUCCUCCCAUCUGCACCCGAUGCGCCACUGGUUCGCCGCGUUGAUAGCACACCGCUGCUCCUCUCGGUCUCCCUGUCGCUGGCAAAACUCACAUCCCUGGAAGAACAUCUUGCCGCGGGCUCCAGGUCCACGGCCUCGCCUUUUGCGCACGCCGCGAAGAUCCACGCCACCGCCACGAUUGCACCUCGCGUCACCAUCUCCCGCUCCGACACGCUCAUUGACAGCAACAGUACCAUCGCCACGCAGUGCGUGAUAAAGAACAGCGUUAUCGGCGCGUCCGUCUCCAUUGGCACAGGAACGCGAAUCACAGGCUGUGUGAUUAUGGACGGCGCAACGAUUGGCGAUAAAUGCGUAUUGACGGGCACGGUGGUCGGCAAGAAGAGCAAGGUCGGGAAUAAAUCCUCGUUGACGAACUGUGAGGUUCAAGACGGGAAUGUUGUUGCUGAUGGCACUGAGGGCAAGGGUGAGAAGUAUCUCGUCGGAGGGCUCGAAGAUGAGAUGGAGGAAGGAGAAGGGAUGGGAUUUGAUGAGGGUGAAGAAGACGAGGGAUCGGGUGUGGAUGAGAAUUAA